AUGGGUAUAUGGAAUGCUACCAAUGUACCUUACUUCAUUCUGAUGGGGCUAGCGGAUUCUGAAGAGAUACAGUUGGUUCUCUUCAUGCUCUUCCUCAUGAUCUACCUAGUCACAGUGCUGGGGAAUGCAGGGAUGAUACUGAUCAUUCAGCUGGAUGCCCAUCUUCACACCCCCAUGUACUUUUUCCUCAUUCACCUAUCACUUCUUGAUCUCAGUUACUCGAGUGUCAUCACCCCUAGAACCUUACAGAACUUACUGACUUCCAGCAAGAGCAUCUCAGUUCUGGGCUGCUUCACUCAGCUGUACUUUUUCAUAGACUUUGCUGCUACUGAAUGCUUUCUUCUCUCUUCCAUGGCCUAUGACCGCUAUGUAGCUAUCUGCAGACCACUACACUAUCCAAUCAUUAUGUCCACAAGACGAUGCCUUACCCUGCUCACUGGUUCCUAUGUUAUUGGUUUUGUGAAUUCCACUGUUUUUGCUGUUUGCAUGAGCAGACUGCAUUUCUGCAACACUAAUAUAAUCCAUCAUUUUUUCUGUGAUGUGUUCCCAAUUUUAGCCCUGUCUUGCAGUGAUACUUAUGAGGUUGAACUGAUUAUAUUCAUUUGUAGUGGACUCAAUGCAUUGUUGCCCAUUUUCACCAUAGCUGGAUCCUAUGCAUCCAUUCUCUUCACUAUCCUGAAAAUUAACUCUACUGCAGGAAAGAAAAAAGCCUUCUCAACCUGUGCGUCUCAUGUCCUAGUGGUCACCACCUUUUACAGCACCACAAUCUCUACUUACGUAAAACCAAAAGAAUCCUACUCCUUGGGAAAGGGUCAGGUGGCUUCUGUGUUUUACACGAUUGUGAUCCCCAUGCUGAAUCCUCUCAUCUACAGUCUCAGAAAUAAAGAGGUGAGAAACGCUGUUGGUAGAGUUAUGCAGAAGAGAAGGGGCUCCAGGUAA